AUGGGUAGGCUUCUCCCACUCGACCCAUGGCCGUCCAGGGCCGAUCCCGAGGCCCGCUCCACGCGCAAGGAGAUUGAAAAGUCCAGCACGGGCUUCAGCUGGACGACGGCGGCGGUCCUUGGCCUCAUCGGCGUCACGAUGCUCAUCAACGUCGAGAAGAGCGUCGAGAAGUGCGAGCAGCGGCACCAGCGCAGGGCGAAUUGGGACAGGUACCGAGAAGACGGCGGCGGCGCAGGGGGUCGGGGCCGGGACCGGGACCGAGACCGGAGCCGGACUCGGGCCAGCACUGCGACGCCUGCCAGGACCCGGGCUCCGAGUCCAAGACGUCAAAGGAGCUUCAGUCGACUCAGGCCCAAGUCGGUCGUCGUUGAGGAAUCGUCCGAUUCUGGGCCGAAGCAGACGCAGCGCCGCGAGGGCCAAGAUGGUUCACCUGCCAGGGGCAGGGGAAGGAGCAGAACCCCCAGGUGGUGA